CAGGCCCCACCACCACGGCUGCCCAACCCGGUCCCAGCCAUGUCCAACGUCCCCCACAAGUCCUCGCUGCCCGAGGGCAUCCGCCCUGGCACGGUGCUGAGAAUUCGCGGCUUGGUUCCUCCCAAUGCCAGCAGGUUCCAUGUAAACCUGCUGUGCGGGGAGGAGCAGGGCUCCGAUGCCGCCCUGCAUUUCAACCCCCGGCUGGACACGUCGGAGGUGGUCUUCAACAGCAAGGAGCAAGGCUCCUGGGGCCGCGAGGAGCGCGGGCCGGGCGUUCCUUUCCAGCGCGGGCAGCCCUUCGAGGUGCUCAUCAUCGCGUCAGACGACGGCUUCAAGGCCGUGGUUGGGGACGCCCAGUACCACCACUUCCGCCACCGCCUGCCGCUGGCGCGCGUGCGCCUGGUGGAGGUGGGCGGGGACGUGCAGCUGGACUCCGUGAGGAUCUUCUGAGCAGAAGCCCAGGCGUGCCCGGGGCCUUGGCUGGCAAAUAAAGCGUUAGCCCGCAGCGCGACUGUGUCUGUGUCCCAUUCACUGAGAUGAGCAAACUGAGACCCAGAGAGGCCAAGAUACUGGCUCCGGGCCACACAGCGAAUCCGAGGCGGAGGCGGGCUCUGAGCCUGCCUGUGCUUAGGACACUUUAUGUCUGCGAAGGCAUGAGGGUCGCGAUCUGGGAAGGAGUGGGUCUGGGGCGUGCCCUGACGCAGCAUUUGUGCAAAGGAAGCCAGGUGGGAAUGCGGUCGGGCGGACCUGCUGGCGUUUGGGGCGCAGAGGCGCUCACCGCAGGUCCUGGUACCCCUACUGCAGAUCUAAGGCGCGCCAACAUGGGUCCAUCUGCAAAGGGGGCGAAUGAGUCCCACCUUUCUGGUCACUUGUGGGCCCCAGUCCUACGGGUGGAAAGCGUGUUAUAAUAUCCCGGGUACCUGGGUCCCGUAUCCCCCUGCAGCUCAUCUCUCCCACCCUCUUCUCUCCUGGCCUCCCGCCCCUAGAGACGUCCCAGGUGGGGCUGGGAAGCCCGACGGGCGUCUCCGGGCUCCCGCUGUUCCCGGAGUCGGGACAGGUACCCGCCUGCGCA